CCAUUUGCACAUGAUUAUUUUUUCAUUUCUAAAUCACGUUUUGACUUGUGCAGACCUAAAUUAAAUUUGGAAUUUUGCCAUUACAGAAACAGUUCAGUGAUUAUCACAUUAUCAUUUCAACUCGAUUAUUUGACUCAAACCAUAAUCAAGAAUGCUUAGAAUCCGUAUACAAUCAUCCGAUGGCGAGAUCUUAGAAACAGACUCGGCAAUUGCGAAAUGUUCAAAGACGAUCCAGCGAAUGCUUCAAAAUUGUGGCCUCGAGGAAGAGGACGAUAUCCUCAUUCCGGUGCAGAAUGUGCGCGGAGCCAUUUUACGGAAAGUUUUGGAAUACGCAGAACACCACAAAAACGAUAAAGAACCGCUCGAAGAUGACGAAAACAAUGCUAACAUCACGGCCGUCAGCACGGCCAGCGGCACGGCCAACAAACUAGCCGAUGAAAUUACGCAGUGGGAUGCGAACUUCUUGAAAGUGGAUCAAGGAACCUUGUUCGAAUUAAUUUCGGCAGCGAAUUUUUUGGACGCAAAGGGACUGUUGGAUGUGGCAUGCAAGACUGUGGCCAAUAUGAUGAGAGACAAAUCUCCAGACGAGAUUCGCAGAACGUUCAACAUUAAGAACGACCUUGGCGACGAAGAAAAUGAACGGAUCCGCCAGGAGAACGAAUGGUGCAAGGAAAAGUAGAGACAGUUGGUAAAUAUAAUGUAAUUCACGCUUCAGAAUUUGAAUUUUUGAUGAAUCAAUGGAAUGAAUAAUAAACAAAUCUUUCCAUAAAAAUAAAUCGAGUUGAU